GUUUCUUUUUCCUACCAGGGCUUCAAAGACACAGUCAACAUCAGUCUCCUGUGCUUGUCCGUCUCUGACCUUGGCAGCCUGGUGACCUUGGUCUGGGAGAGCAUCACCGUGAAUCCGCUGUUUAUGGAAUCAGAGUUGCCGUUCGAUUCGGCGGAUGUCAGUUAUCUGACGGCAGGUGAGACUUACCGAAAAUGAGAAUUACCUUUAAUUACGACCAGGCUAGACUUACAUUUACUUCAUGCAGGUAGGAGUUAUCUUUAAUUACGGCAAUUAAGACUUACCGUACUUCUCCGGAGGCUAUCUGUAUCUCAUGUGCCACACUGUCUAAAAAUAUUCGUGCACUCCGUCAUGUGCCAAAAUGUCUGUGCACUCGAUCAUGUCACAAAAUGUCUGCGCACUCGGUCAUGUCACAAAAUGUCUGUGUACUCGGUCAUGUCACAAAAUGUCUGUGUACUCGGUCAUGUCACAAAAUGUAUGUGCACUCGGUCAUGUCACAAAAUGUCUGUGAACUCGGUCAGGUCAUAAAAUGUCUGUGUACUAGGUCAGGUCACAAAAUGUCUGUGUACUCGGUCAGGUCACAAAAUGUCUGUGUACUCGGUCAGGUCCCAAAAGUCUGUGUACUCGGUCAGGUCACAAAAUGUAUGUGUACUGUGUCAGGUCACAAAAUGUCUGUGUACUCGGUCAGGUCACAAAAUGUUUGUGUACUCGGUCAGGUCACAAAAUCUUUGUGUUCUCGGUUGCGUCACAAAAUAUUUGUGUACUCGGUCAGGUCACAAAAUGUCUGUGUACUCGGUCAGGUCACAAAAUGUUUGUGUACUCGGUUAUGUCACAAAAUGUCUGUGUACUCGGUCAGGUCAAAAUUUUUGUGUACUCGGUCAGGUAACAAAAUGUUUGUGUACUCGGUCAGGUCACAAAAUGUCUGUGUACUCGGUCAGGUCACAAAAUAUCUAUGUACUCGGUCAUAUCACAAAAUGUUUGUGUACUCCGGCAUGUCUAUGAAUAUGACAAGAUUAAGUACCAGCAUUCAUCGAUCGCUUUCUUAAAAUUCAAAAUUAAUCUAUGUGAAUUGUAAGAUCCCUCGCCAAUAAUAUGUAAAACCUGUCACAGUGAAAUUCUCGAAUUUUAACAACUCGAUACUAAAAGGCAUGUCAUUGAAUGUCAUCUUCGUCUGCUUCAAAAGUUCAACUCCUAGUGGUGUAGGCGUAUUGGCCAUUAACAGCAUCCUACUAAGCCCUCCGUUCUCUUGAUAUUGUUUCUAAAUCUUUCCAACACUUUCCAACUCUUUCAAAUAUGAAUACAUGUCCUAAAUAAUCCAAAAUCAGGUUGCCUUGUUUCGCUGCUUGUUCACAAUGAAAUAUUAUUUUUCCCCCCACACAAUAUUUUAAAAUAAUUAUGUCAAGAGUAACUCCAUACGGAUAUGUAAAAUUCAGCGUAUAUAUUAUAUGGGUACAAUGUUAAUUAAUGUUUAAGUAACAUCAAUACUUUUUUCUUUUCUAAUCUAAGAUACCUUAAAAUUAUUUUUGCCUUAUUGCUAUUUUUUUUUUUACAAACUUUAUGAAUAGCAUGCAUCAUGAUUUCAACUUGAGCACUUAACAUCAGAAAACUUUUUUUGUUCACCUUUGUAUCCAUUCCCGCACACAGCCGUGCCCCGCGCCAUUUUUUUGAGAGUCGCCUGGUGGAUCACCGCUUUCGUCACGCUCGAGCGAUGCCUCUGCAUCGCGAUGCCGCUCAAGGUCAAACAGAUGAUCACGGCCCGACGCACCGUCGUCAUCAACGUCGUCCUCUUCGCCGGCAACCUCAUCGGGCUGUGCCCCAUUUUCCUCUGCAGAACGCUCAGUCCGCAAUUCAACUUAGCGAAUAAUCGGACCAUCGUGGUGACGGUGAAGUCCGAUGGGUUCGUCGACAUCGAAAACAUCGGCUUCACUUUCAGCGUCGUCUCGCAGUUCAGCGCCUUCAUCAUUGACGUCGUGUGCACCGUCACCAUCAUUCAGAUCCUGCAGAUGAAAUCGAAAUGGCGGAGCGAGACGGCCAGCACAUCCGCUUCCGGUUCGAAGGCCGGCUUCGAGUCGAGGGACAAGAAGCUGAUCAAGAUGAUCGCGUUCAAAUCGUGCAUCUUCAUCGGGUGCUCCAUGCCCAGCUGUUUCAACUACGCAGUGACGGUCACCAUGGAUGAGUACUUGCGACAUCCCCGCUACUAUAACGUAAACCGGAUCUCGUGGGCCGUCAUCGUGGCGUUGGAGGCUAUAAACAGCUCGGUGAACGUGUUUGUGUACUACAAUAUGAGCGGCAAAUACCGGGCUGCGUUCAAUGAAAUGUUC